AUGUUUAUGAUUGCUUCGGGCUCCUUGGGUGAAAUCACAGUACCUGUUGUACAUGAUCUACCUCAACUGAAUACUAUUUAUAUUUUUUGUGGAAACCAAGCUCGUCAUGAACAAUGGGCCAAACGCUGGCCAAAAAUAAAAGGUGUCGUUACGGAUAUUCUACCUAUAUGUAAAGCUUUGAAACGGGCAGUAUUUGACUACAAUCAAAAUUUGAUCUCCAUCAGUUUUAUCAACCAUUUAACUACUAGACAAAAUCUCAAGCAAUUAGAUUCAUUGUUUGUAAUCACAAAAGUAAUAAAAGAAAUUGUACUGACUAGCAAUUUUCAAGAGCAACAUUUCAAUGACUUUAUAACAUACUGCCGUGAUCUUUUCGCUCGAAGCCCAGAUGAGCUCCAAGCUGUCGACAAACUGGAACAUGAAUAUCGUCGACAUCCUCCAAUUUGGUGGUAUGCCCAUCAAAAUUUUCUCUAUUCUAUGCUCAAUCGAUCGCUACAGAUGAUGGAAAUCGAUGUAAUUAUUAACAUGGGAUUUUUUAUUCGAGAUCUCCAUGAUAACAUCGCUGCACUUCAUCAAGAACAAUAUGUUGAACGCGCACAUUCUAAAUCAUUUAUCGUUUAUCAUGGUCAACAUUUUUCACGGGCAAAUAUGAAUAAAUUAAUCAAAACACAAAAUGGAUUUAUAUCAUUUAAUAAUUUUUUAUCAGCUAAUCCUGAUCGUACACUAUCGCUUAGUUUUAUACGCCAAGCAAAAGACUAUGAUCUCAUUGGUGUCUUCUUUGUAAUAAAACUAGAUCCGUCUAUCGCAUCUACUUGUUUUGCUAAUUUGGGAGAAGCCAGCUAUUCCGAAGAAGAUGAAGUUCUCUUUUCAAUGCAUUCCAUAUUUCGUAUUGAUGAAAUUCAAGAAAUGGAAAAUGAUCAAGUUUGGCAAGUAGAUCUUACGCUAACUAAUGACGACAAUGCACUUACCGAAGAUAUACUUUCAGAAACUUAUUCUAAUCUAGAAGGAUGGGAUCGCUUAGGGAUGCUAUUAAUUAAACUAGAAGACUUCAACAAAGCUCAAGAUUUGUAUAAUAUCCUACUGGAUAAAACCACUACGGAUCGUAAAAAAGCAGAAAUUUAUGAGCAUCUCGGAUUGAUAAAGGAAAAUCAAGGUGUACAUGCAGAUGCCAUUUCAUAUUAUACACAAUCGAAUAAAAUUCUUCAAAAAAUUCUUCCUACAACGGAUAUGCAAAUGGCUUCUGCUUACAGCAACAUUGGUUUUGCUUAUGGCAAAAUGGGUGAUUAUUCAAAUGCACUUUCAUAUCAUAAAAAAGCACUUGAGAUCGAUGAAAAUAUGCUUCCAUCGAAUCAUCCUGAUUUGGCUUCAUCUUAUAAUAAUAUUGGCUUCGUCUAUGACAACAUGGGUGAUUAUUCAAAUGCACUUUCAUAUCAUCAAAAAGCACUGAACAUCUACGAGAAAACUCUUUCAUCAACUCACCCUGAUUUAGCUGCUUCUAACAACAAUAUCGGAUGGGUUUAUCGGAACAUGGGUGAUUACGUGAAGGCACUUUCUUUUUAUGAACGUGCUCUUGCCAUUCUAGAACGUUCACUCUCUGUUGAUCAUCCUAAUGUUCGAGAUGUAAGAAAGAGUAUUGAUAUCGUAAAGAAGAAAAUAUAA